AUGGUGCACGCAGUUUUGAUCCGCAAGACCGGCCCGCCAGACGUCUUGGAACUGGUGGACGAUUACGAAAAGCCCACAAUAAAUGACGGCGAGUGGAAGAAGGGAGACCGGGUGCUGGCAUUGACAAAGGGUUUCCUUUGGGAGAAUGAGGAGAACAAGUAUGGCACCUAUGCAGACUACACAGCCAGCAAGGAGGAGUGGCUGGCCAAGGCUCCCUAUGGCAUCCUGCUCAACAUCCUCGGCGGCAUUCCCUUGGUGGCCCUGACUGCCCUUCAGGCCCUGGAGUCUGGCAACCUGAAGCCUGGUGCGAGGGUGCUGGUGCAUGGGGGUGCUGGGGGUGUGGGCCACAUGGCAAUCCAGCUGGCCAAGGUGCGCUUCAAGGCAUACGUGGUUACCACAGCCGGCCCCGCCAACCAGACCUUCAUCAAGGAGGAGCUGGGUGCUGACGAGGUGCUCAACUACAAGGAGGAGGACUUUGCUGAGAAGUACAAGGAUAAGCCCUUUGACCUGGUCAUUGACGCCAUUGGAGGUACUGUGGAGGACAAGAGCUACACAGUGCUUGCACCCCAUGGCACCUACACCCACAUCAUGAACAACAACACAAAUGAGCAGAAGAUCAAGGCCGGGAAAGAGUGGAAGGAUCGCAAGUAUAUUCUCAUCCUGGCUGACAUCAAGCUGGUUGUGGACAAGAUCUUCUGGCUGAAGGAGAUCAGGGAAGCGCACAAGCAUGCGGAGACGGCGCAUUCCAGGGGCAAGGUGGUUGUGCAGAUCUCACACGAGGAGUGA